AUGAGCGACAUCUUGAGCAUCGCCGGAGAACCGAUCUUCGACUAUCGCAUCGUCAAGAUCGAGACUCACACGUACAAUCGUUACGCCAAUACCACGUUUGGAUAUAGCGACGAGAUACGAAUUCCCAUACAACAGCAGGAUUUCUACACGUUACCGUGCGAAAGUUUCCUCUACGUCGAGGGUAGACUCGAGUCGAAGGGAUCGUCGGAUGCGGAGGGGGAGAGCUCGGCGAGACUAGUGAACAAUUGCGUCGCGUUUAUGUUCGAGGAGAUUCGCUACGAGCUCGAUGGAGUGGAGAUCGAUCGAAACAGAAACGUCGGAAUAACGAGCACGAUCAAAAAUUACGCGUCGCUGACGGUCGAGAGAAGCAGUAUAUUGCAGAACGCUGGAUGGGACUUCGCGGCGAAGAGUCGUUUGGUCGACGAUUUUAACUUCUGCGUACCUCUUAGUGUGUUGCUAGGUUUCUGCGAAGAUUACAAGCGCGUCGUGAUUAACGCGCGACACGAACUCAUCUUAAUACGAGCGCGCAACGAUCACAAUUGUCUCGCUGUAUCGCUCGAAUCGCACGAAUCUAAGAUUCUUCUAUUGAAGAUACAAUGGCGAAUGCCUCAUGUAGUGUUAAAUGAUAUUAAAUUAGCGCUAUUGCGUACAUUAGAUAGCGGAAGAUAUCUGAGCGUCGCUUUUCGCUCGUGGGAUCUCUACGAGUUUCCGCUUUUGCAGAGCACGACCAAACACUCAUGGGCGGUCAAAGCGGCGACGCAGCUCGAGAAACCGCGAUACGUUAUCUUCGCGCUGCAAUCCGGAAGGAAGAACGUUCUGCCUCAGGAUUCCUCUAUAUUCGACGAUUGCAAACUGACUAACGUCAAACUGUAUCUUAAUUCGAAUUUUUAUCCCUACAACGAUAUGAAUCUGAAUUUUGAAAAGAGUAAAAUCGCCGUGCUAUACGACAUGUAUUCGAAGUUUCGAAAAAUGUACUACGGACGCGAUAAAGACGAGGCGCUCUUUAAUCUAGUCAAAUUUAAAACGUUCGGUCCGAUAGUAGUCAUCGAUUGUUCUCGGCAGAACGAAUCGAUCAAGAGCGCCACCGUAGACGUUCGUAUAGAGUUCGAUUGCAAAGAAAACGUUCCCUCUAAUACCACAGCCUACUGUCUUAUCAUUCACGAUCGUGUGGUCGAGUAUAAUCCACUCACCAACGUCGUGCGCAGAAUCGUAUAG